AUGAAAGGACGCGUGUCCUACGACCAGCUGAACGCAGCCGUGCAGAGCAUCAACCUCACCGUAACGGCCAAAUAUAAGAUCGUGCACCAGCCGCUGAAAACGCUCAGCAACCACGCACGAAAACUGCACCAGCGCUUUAAGGACCAGGAGACCAAAGACACCAAAGGUCAGUUUUUUAUCGUGGAGGACGACAUCCGCGAGUUUGCCCAGACGAAGGUGGACAAACGCUUUCAGGGGAUCUUAAACAUGCUCCGACACAGCCAGCGCCUGAAGGAGCUCCGGGGGGGGCGACUGGUCCGCUACAUGCUGCUAUGA